AUGGUGGGCGGCGGUGAUGACUUCCGGCGACCAACGGCGACAUCCGGUCGUCGCCGGCAACAGCUGGCGACGGACAGGGAAGGAGAAACUAAAUCUUGGGACAUGAAUGUUGAGGAAUUUAACUUAGAAGGCGACAAUGAACUUGAAGUUGUUAAUUCAAGAUUCGAAGAACCUUCUAUUCCAUCAACAUGUGAAAUUGUGGAUGAAGAUGAGUCUGAGGACGAUGUGGAUUUUAAGAGAGCAGAUGCAAUAAAUGGACCAAUAUUUGACCUGGCCGCUAUCAACUCUGCCACCAACAGUUUUGCACCCAGAAAUAAACUUGGCGAAGGAGGAUUUGGCGCAGUUUACAAGGGCCAACUGCCGGAUGGUCAAGAAAUAGCAGUGAAGAGAUUAUCACGAAAUAUAAGGCAUGGUGCGAAGCACUUUGACAAUGAGGUGCAGACACUUUCUAAACUUCAACACAGAAACCUUGUUCGGCUUUUAGGUGGCUUUCUGAAAGGUGAAGAGAAGAUACUCAUCUAUGAGUAUGUGCAGAAUGGAUCUAUGAGAGAGCCAACAAAGCGUAUGGAAUUCGACUGGGCAGCCAAGCUCAUAAUUGGCAUAGCCAGAGGGCUUCUAUAUCUUCAUGAAGAUUCUCGGUUGAGAAUUGUCCACAGGGAUUUGAAAGCAAGCAAUAUUUUACUAGAUGAAGACAUGAACCCCAAGAUCUCAGACUUCGGCACUGCAAAGAUCUUUCACAUGGACCAAACACAAGCCGAAACAUUUGAGAUUCUCGGAACUCGUGGGUAUAUGGCACCAGAGUAUCUUCUUGAAGGGAAGGUAUCACUAAAGAUAGACAUUUUCAGCUUCGGUGUUUUACUGCUGGAGAUCAUAAGUGGGAAAAAAAACUUCUCCUUAACUCAGCAAGAGACAGAUGAAAAUAUGCUAAAUUAUGUUUGGAGACUCUGGAGGGAAAAUAAGGCUCUACAAGUUGUGGAUCAACUAAUGGAAGGAAGAUGCAACCAAAAUGAGAUAUUAAGAUGCAUCCAUAUUGGCCUGCUAUGUGUCCAGGAAGAUGCAUCAAGCAGGCCAAAAAUGUCCAAGGUUGUUGCGAUGCUUGAAAACAGCUCAUUGAUUCUUCUGUCCACUUUGCCUCUUGCCCCUCCUACCUGGAAUAUCAGAAGCAUUUCUUUGGGUCCAGAAAUGAGCUCAACUACAUCAGGGAUUGGUUCAGAGCUUGGUUCAUCUACUUAG